CCAUGAAUUAGAAGAGUAAACGGCGGCCAUGUUUCUGCAAAAGCCGACUCCAUCUUGUGUCUACAUCUCGGUCCUCCUCCUGCUGCUCCCGGGAGUCACCCACGUAUCUCGAGGCAGCUCCAGUCAUGAAGAUCCGGGAAGCUCUCGGGGCAACUGCACCAGUGAAGAUAACUGCUCCGAUGGGGUGGUGCUGCCCAUGUGGAAUCCUCAGAACCCCGUGGUGGGUGAUAAAGUGGCUCGAGCCAUUGUUUACUUUGCGGCUCUCAUCUACAUGUUCCUGGGCAUGUCCAUCAUCGCCGAUCGCUUCAUGUCAUCCAUUGAGGUCAUCACCUCUCAGGAAAAAGAAAUCACCAUCAAGAAGCCCAACGGCGAGACCACCACCACCACCGUACGCAUUUGGAACGAGACCGUGUCCAACUUGACCUUGAUGGCUCUAGGGUCGUCGGCCCCGGAGAUCCUUCUGUCCGUCAUCGAGGUGGUGGGGCAUAAUUUCGAAUCGGGCUCGCUGGGACCGAGCACCAUCGUGGGCAGCGCCGCGUUCAACAUGUUCAUCAUAAUAGCCAUCUGCGUUUACGUGGUGCCAGAAAACGAGACCCGCAAAAUCAAGCACCUGAGGGUUUUUUUCGUCACUGGCGCCUGGAGCAUUUUUGCCUACAUCUGGCUGUACCUCAUCCUGUCGGUCUUCUCCCCCGGCGAGGUGGAGGUUUGGGAGGCGGUCCUCACUUUUCUCUUCUUCCCACUCUGCGUGCUGCAAGCUUGGAUCGCCGAUCGCCGUCUGCUCUUCUACAAGUACGUCCACAAACGCUACCGCGCCGACAAGACUCGAGGUAUCAUCAUCGAAACGGAAGGGGAAGCCAUGUUUACCAAAACCGACUUGGAGAUGGACGGUCAAGGGGUCAACUCCCACGGAAACCCCAAAGAGGCUCUGGAUGGGAUGCUGGAGGGGGUGGAGGAAGGUGGAGGGAUGAAUCCCGAGCAGGACCAAGAAGAGGAAGCGAGAAGAGAUAUGGCUCGCACUCUGAAGGACCUCAAGCAGAGGCAUCCAGAGAAGGAUAUGGAGCAGCUGAUCGAAAUGGCCAACUACCAAGUCUUGGUCCAACAACAGAAGAGCCGAGCCUUCUACCGUAUCCAAGCCACGCGGAUGAUGAUCGGAGCCGGGAACAUUCUGAAAAAGCACGCUGCCGACCAAGCCAGGAAGGUGGUGAGCUGUCAUGAGGCCAGUGGACAAGAAGAAGACCCCAACACUAUCUACCUGCAGUUUGACCCCUCCCAUUACCAGUGCUUUGAGAACUGCGGCUCCUUGAAGCUCUCGGUCAGCCGGCACGGAGGAGAAGCCGGCUGCACGGUGAAGGUUGACUACCGCACAGAAGAUGGCACCGCCAACGCCGGAUCAGACUACGAGUUCGCCGAGGGCACUUUGGUCUUCAAGCCCGGCGAGACCACCAAAGAGUUCACCGUGGGCGUGAUCGACGAUGACAUUUUUGAAGAAGACGAACACUUCUACGUGCGCCUCAGCAACCCCCGCAUCGUGCACCGAGCCGAGGUCUCCAUCUUGGAUCCCCGUUCCAUCUCCACCAGCAACAGCAUGGCGGGCAUUUCCUCACACGUCCCGCCAAAAGCCGCGCUGGGUAACGCCGACACGGCGACGGUCACCAUCUACGACGACGAUCACGCCGGCAUCUUCACCUUCGAGAGCAAGUGCACCAGGGUCAGCGAGAGCGUGGGAAACAUGCAGGUCAAAGUUCACCGGACCUCCGGCGCCAGGGGCAAAGUGGCUGUGCCUUACCACACCGUGGAGGGCACGGCCAAGGCUGGCGAGGACUACGAAGAAGUAUCCGGCAAGCUGGAGUUUCAGAACGAUGAGACCAUGAAGAUGCUGAACGUGAAGAUUAUCGACGAUGAGGAGUAUGAGAAGAACAAGACUUUCAUGAUUAUUUUGGAGGAGCCCAUUUUACUGGAAGUGGGACAGAGACACGGAGAUAAUAAUGAUAACAAGACGGCGGUAGGGCCUGAAGACGUGGCGAAGAUGGGCUGCCCUUGUCUGGGGGAACAUACAAGCAUGGAAGUGGUCAUUGAGGAGUCCUAUGAAUUUAAGAGCACGGUGGACAAGCUGAUUAAAAAGACUAACCUGGCUUUGGUGGUGGGGAGCAGCAGCUGGAGGGAACAGUUUGUUAGUGCUGUCACUGUCAGCGCAGGUGAUGACGACGAGGAAGAAAGCGGCGAAGAGCGUUUGCCCUCCUGCUUUGAUUACAUCAUGCAUUUUCUGACCGUUUUCUGGAAAGUGCUGUUUGCUUUCGUCCCACCCACCGAGUACUGGAACGGCUGGGCCUGCUUCUUUGUGUCCAUCUCCUUAAUUGGCGCCCUGACAGCCGUGACCGGGGACCUGGCCUCUCAUUUCGGGUGCACGGUGGGGCUGAAGGACUCAGUCACCGCCGUGGUGUUUGUGGCCCUGGGCACGUCUGUCCCAGACACAUUUGCCAGUAAAGUGGCGGCCAUCCAGGACCAAUAUGCUGACGCAUCCAUCGGGAACGUGACCGGCAGCAACGCCGUCAACGUGUUCCUGGGCAUCGGGGUGGCGUGGACCAUCGCCUCUGUUUACUGGAAGUCCAAAGGCAAAAGUUUCAAGGUCCAGCCGGGUUCCCUGGCCUUUUCUGUCACCCUCUUCACCAUCAUGGCGCUGCUGUGCGUGGCGGUGCUGCUCUACCGCCGCCGUCCCGGCAUAUCGGGCGGAGAGCUCGGGGGCCCACGGACAGCCAAGCUCCUCACCUUCUUCCUCUUCCUCUCCAUGUGGUUCAUUUACAUCCUGCUGUCCUCGUUGGAGGCCUACUGCCACGUGCCUGGCUUCUAAAACAGCCCAAUGUCUUUUCACAAAUGUUUACAAAUGUUCCCUCUGCCACCUAAGUAUUUUUUUUCUCUCUCUGUAAAUCCAGUACUGUAAUCCUUAUUUUGCUGAGCCGACCUUGCAUUAUUGCUUCCUGUAACCCCGUGACCUUAGAAAGAGUUCUUACAUUUUUAUGCUAUAUGACUUUAGAUCCAAUUCAUUUAAAAGCAUCACAGAGGGAAAAGUAAUUGUGUGCGCAUUGGUAUUUAUGACUUGAGCUUUACAUUCAAUUUUCAUUGUAAUAGAUGGACAUUGUGGGUGCGGAUUUUGUGAAAAAAUUUUGUGUCCUGCACGCGUCAGAGUUUCUUGGAAAUCUAUUUUAAAGUAGAGUACGUAUUGUUUGAACAAUGACGUGUUGAUGUGCUCCUGUGGUGUGAAUCUCAGUAGUAUUUCUUUUCAAUACGCGUCACUAGUGUCACGUUUAGUACAGUCAGUCGAAAUACAUUUGAUCGAAACAAAUAAAUACAAUGAAUCGCAUAGGUCCCCGAGGGCAGAGUGCCUGCUUUAAAUUGUGUUAACAAUUUGAGCGUGUUUACAUUUGUGCGUAUGUGUGAACCGAUUGGUGAAAGGCAUCUUAUCAUAGUUCCACAAAGGUUCAGUGACAUUUGUUAUAUUUCUUAUCUAUCGUACUGACACUGUGACCAUUCGCUAGAAUUUCUUUUAGAAAAGCACAGUUUAAAAAAUAAAUAAAUAAAAAGCAAAAGUCCACUUUUGCGUCGAGUAUAAGCACAAUCACUGAACUGCUUUGGUGUUUGAGAUGACGUGCCAUAUCAAACGAUGAACUGUACAAACCUGAGUGUUAUUUAUUUAAUUUGUAAAGCCAUAUUUACAGAAUA